GUCAAUGGAGCUGUUCAUGGAGUGGUGGUGCUGGAAGGAACCUCACGUAGUCCAACAGCUUCUGCGGGCAAGAACUGGACUGUACCGUGGAUUUCAGAGCAUCAGAGGUUAUUACCACGGUUCAUAUGGGAAGAAUACCGAAGCGAAAUAGGGUUCCACCUGUUUGAAUACAUCUGCGGGAUCUGAAAGAAGUUCUGAUGCUGAGAUAGUGGUGAGACCCACUUCUUCAUAGAUCCGACUCCCUGAUGUCCAUGGAACCUUUGUGACUGCAGCAUUUAGUUCCACGUCGUCAAGAUGAUCAGCACCCAGAGAUUAUAGUUCAUCCUUCCUCCAUUGGAGGGCGACUGUUAAGAGGGGAGGGGGAGGAUAAAGGAGCCUCCUGUCGUCAGAGAAAGAGCUUCAGAGCCUGCUGGUGAAAGCAAAGGGAACCAUGUAGUGUCUUUUUCUCCACUCAGGGGGGAGGGUAGAUUUGAGUUUAGUUUUUUCCCCAUUGAUUUUAGUGUAAAAGUGUUUUAUGUGAGCCAGAGAAGAGAUGGUCCUCCACACCUCUCCCUACUCUAGUGCCUUCCUACGGUGCCUCAGCAGCCUGUCAUGGGGCUUCAUCUUCCCCUGCUACUGGCUGCUGGACAACCUGCUGUCCUCCUGCGUGGCAACCUCUCUGGAGAAGCGUCGGCGCUCCCAGGACCCCUGCUCCUUCGCGACGCUGUAUGUGCUGGUGUCCACCCCGCUCUACCUGUUGCUCCUCCUAGCCUCGCUGCCCUUCGCUCUGCUGGGCUUCCUGCUGUGGGCUACCCUGCAGGCGGCCCGCCAUCCCUAUCUCUACACCUACCGCCGCCCAGACAAGCACCAGGCCGAGCAGGGGGGUGUGGCGUCACUGGCCGACUGGAGGCCGCAGGGCCGCAGCUUCUGCUUCGGCAGUUCCAACGUGUGCCUACUGCCAGACUCCUUGGCACGCUUCAACAACCUGUCUGAGACCCAGCGCCGUGCCCGCGAGGUGGGCAAGCGCAUCCGUAAUGGGGCCAGCCGGCCGCAGAUCAAGAUAUACAUCGACUCCCCCACCAACACCUCCAUCAGCGCAACCUCCUUCAGCAGCCUGGUCACAGGGUUCCGACGGACAUCCUCCCUGGGCCAGCGGCCCGACAACACACCCGAGGCCGAGACUGAACCCGUAACCGACUGCCCAAUACACACUGCAGGUUCAGACUGCCCAAUACACACCACAGGUCCAAACUGCCCCAUACACUCAAAAGGGGACCAGGGCUCCUCAGAUUGUCCCGUCCAUGUAGCUGGGGGAGAGGACACACCAGAGUGCCCCCUUCACACUGCUGGUUCUCAGAACAGCUCUGACUGUCCACUGCACACCACAGGGGCCCAGAACUCCCCAGACUGCCCCAUGCAUGCCUCGGGGGUCCAGAUCAGUAUCAGUGCCCCAGAGCCAGACCCCCCAGAGGCCGGGACAGGGAAUCACCAAGGGGAAGGUGAUGCAGAGAGCCUGACAGGGGGGGUGCCUUCUAACAACACCCUGUCCCACCGCACCUCCAUGUUCAAGAAGCACACGGGUCGCAAGCGGCGCCACGGCGACGACGGAUUCGACCACGAGAUCUCUGCCUUCUUCCCUGCCAACCUGGACUUCCUGUGUCUGCAGGAAGUGUUUGACCACCGGGCCAUGUCCAGGCUGAGGCAGCAGCUGCACCACUACUUCCCCUACAUCCUGAGUGAUGUGGGCCGCUACGCCUGGAAGGGCUGCUGCUCCCGCUUCAAGUUCCUGAACAGUGGUGUCAUGAUGGCUAGCCGCUAUCCCAUACUGGACGCCCACUACGAGUGCUACCCCAACGGGCGAGGGGAAGACGCCCUUGCAGCGAAAGGAGUCCUCUUUGUCAAGGUGCAGGUAGGCACCUCCCAUCAGGAGCAAAGAGUUGUGGGAUAUCUCACCUGCACUCAUCUGCAUGCCAUUGAAGGAGAUGCAGCUGUGCGUUGUGAGCAGUUGGAUCUGCUCUUGAUGUGGGGGGCGGAGUUCCGCAAGAUGACAUCCCGCCCCUCGGAGGAGAAGGGUCUGGAGGACCAGGUGGCCUUUGAUGUUGUCCUCGGCGACCUCAAUUUUGACAACUGCUCCUCAGAGGAUAAACUGGAGCAGCAGCAUGCCGUCUUCACCCAGUACAAAGACCCAUGUCGCCUGGGGCCAGGGGAGGACAAGCCUUGGGCUCUGGGUACACUACUGGACACCAGUGGGCUUUAUGAUGAGGAGGUCAGCUCACCAGAGAGUUUACAAAAAGUGAUGGAGAAUGAGGAGGGGAGGAAGGAAUACCUGGUGUUUCCCACCAAUAAAAACCACUGUCCUAAUCAGAAGGGCAGAAAAAUCCCCCUGAAAGGCAAUGGGAGGAGGAUUGACUACAUCCUUUACAGAGAGGAGGUGCAGCAGGACUGGAAAGUGGACAUUGAAGAGUUCAGCUUCAUCACCCAGCUAGCCGGCCUCACUGACCACCUGUCUGUGGCCAUGCGUCUGGCUGUGUCCACGGGAGAGGAGGAACCUUAGAAUGGGGAGGGAAGAGAGAGAGAGAGAACGAAAGGGACUCAGGUCUGAGAAAUACAGAGCUUGACAAAGAAAAUAAAGAUGGAUGCAAAGAGGAAGAAAGAGAAGAGCAGAUACAGAGGAAUCAUGUGAUCCAGAUGGAACCUGAUGGAGAGAGAAAGGAGUGGUUGUUGUGUGUGUCAGAGGUCUGGACUGGGCCUAAUGUGGAUCUGAGAGACUGAGAUAAAGACUUAAACACACAGACAGUUUCAGUUUGACUCACGCACCUACAGGCCACCGUACUGUAUCACCUCUGGUCCUCGUGGACUAUCAGCUCCCUGAUGAUGGAGUCCCAAUGAUUGAUUUACUAUAAAUAAUUUCCUGUAUUUAGGGACUAUUUUGUUUUUAGGCCUCAUUUAUGUCUGACCUUUUUAUGUUUUUACUUUUUGGGCUCGGAAGUGUCAAAUCUUUGUUCUUCAUUUCUAUGAUAAAAAAUGGCAACAUUUGUAUGACUCAUGGAAUCUAGAGUGUAGCCUGGCUUUCUAUGGCCCUCUGUGUUUCUCUGUUGGUGUUUGUUCUUGUCAUUUGAAGGAACCUCAGCAAAAAUGUGCUUUUUUUCUAACUCUUUCUAAAGGUUUCUAUGGUCACUGCACCAUCUUUGUAGGGAGUUUAAACACCUGCAUUUAAUACUUUACAUUUAUAAUGGAGGAGUUGUAUAAAAACCAACAUCUUUGACUGAAAAGGGAUGUUUUUGGGGCCACCACUUACAGGCAUCUCAUGUUUCAGUGGAGGUUGGUUGGUAGGUUGUUUGGCAGAGCUGAGAAGUGAGGAACACCUGAUAUGAUUAGAUAAGAGGAACAUAGUUAGG